AUGAAUGACGACGAUGACGUCGACUGCUUCAACUAUUGUGGGAAUAUUCCGGAGUUCUGCGUAGACUCAGGUGGCAUCGAUGUGUACCUUGAGUGGUCCAACCUGUAUGCAGCCGCGACCGAUCUUGCAAAAGGCAAGAAGUUGCUCGUUCUUUUUACCGUGCUAGGCAAGAAAGCCUACGUUACGCUGCGCACCUUACUUCUACCGAAAACGCCGACGGAAGCCGGAUAUGACAAGGCGGUUGCGGUGCUACGAAAGCACUAUGCUCCAAAACGAUCGGUCGUCACAGAACGUUACCGAUUUUAUCGACGUGACCAGGGUCCCGCAGAAAGAAUCUCGGACUUCGUCGUUGCACUGAAUACAUUAGCAGCCACUUUCGCGUUCGGCAUUUUGCUGGAGGAGGCGCUACGAGACCACUUGGUUGCAGGGCUCCGAAACGAAGCCGUUUGUUCCCGUCUGCUUGCCAUGGACGACAAGGGCGCCCCGUGGGAGAGCGUUUUCAACGUGGCAAAAGCCGUGCAAGCCGGAAACAAGGACACCAAGGAGAUACUAGCAGCGUCCACACUCAGUACCGCCGACGUGAACUGGCAACGCCGUUUCGACAAGCCAAGCAAGCAAGGCUGUACCAAGCAGCAGAACAGCGGACGCAGAAUCAACCACAAGGGAGCUUGGGAAAAUAAUCGACAAAAGAUUGCCUGUACCAAUUGCUAUCGAUGGAGAGAUUCGCAUCUUCCCGAAACGUGGCCAUUCUUGAACAGUACCUGUUUUAAACGUUCUAAAACAGGCCACGUAGCUAAAAUGUUGAAAACAAAAGCAGUACAUGACUUCUCUUGCAAAAAAGUCAAAACCUGA